AUGUCAGACUUGAUUAGACGUCGUAGGGUGGUGACGACUACACUGAGUUUGGAGCCCCCGGCUCAGCCGGCAUCAGCUGCCACUGCUCCAGCACUGAUGGAGCACCACCGACACCACAUCGACCAACGGUACUGGUGCCUCGGGGGCACCACCAGCCAAGAGGAACACCUGAGGGCCGUGUCGGCAGCUAAAGACAGCGAAGGUCACCCGCGUGACCAACAAUCGUAUCAGCAUCGGAUACGACGAGCGCCAUCGGGCUACACCGACGGCCGAGUUGCAUAG